UAUGGUGCUCUGGCGACGGCAGUGCCAGAUCGGUGGUUGGCCCGCGGGACGACCGCGACGACGCGCCGACAGCACCACAAUCACCGCCCGUACCAGCCGCAGCGGCCACGGCCACGAUGACGUGUGGCGGCCGGCGGCUAUCGCCAUCGUAUUACCGACACCACCGGCGCCGGUGCCGGCACACCGGCGACCCGCAGCACAGCCGCCGCGGUCUGAAUCACCAACACGAUCACCGCAACCAUCACCACUAUCACCACAACUAUUACCGUCAUCACCACCACCGGCAUCAUCACCACCACCAUCAUCAUCACCGUCAACACGACCGACACGGGCGCGGCCCGUCCCGGUUGCGGGCCGCCGUGGCCACCGAUAGCCGCGCCCGACUGCCGUAUCCGGCCGCUGACUCUGUGGUCUCGUCGGACGCGUCUCCGCUGCCGUUGCCGGCUAUGAGGCACUCGCCUGCUGCAGCCCGCCGACAUUCUUCUUCUUCUUCGUUGUCAUCGGCGGCGGCCGUCCGCCGCAUGUCCGCGUGGCUGGUGGCCUGCGUCGCCUUUUGGGCUCCAUCGACACCUUGCACGCAUGCCGCUAGUAUGUACGGAGACGUCAACAUAUCGGCCAUACUCGAUUCAUUCAGCGGCAGUUACGACAAAAGAGUAAGACCGAAUUACGGAGGUCCCCCAGUAGAGGUCGGAGUCACCAUGUAUGUUCUCAGUAUAAGCUCCGUGUCCGAAGUACUCAUGGACUUCACGCUGGACUUUUACUUCAGACAGUUCUGGACGGAUCCCCGGUUGGCGUUCACCAAGCGGCCGGGUGUUGAGACACUGUCCGUGGGAUCGGAGUUCAUUAAGAACAUCUGGGUGCCCGAUACGUUCUUCGUCAACGAGAAACAGUCGUACUUCCACAUAGCGACCACCAGCAACGAAUUCAUCCGAAUACACCAUUCGGGGAGCAUAACGCGGAGCAUUCGCUUGACCAUCACCGCGUCGUGUCCCAUGAACUUGCAGUACUUCCCGAUGGACCGACAAUUGUGCCACAUCGAAAUUGAGAGCUUCGGAUACACGAUGAGGGACAUCAGGUAUAAAUGGAACAAGGGACCAAACUCGGUGGGCGUGUCCAACGAAGUGUCAUUGCCGCAGUUCAAGGUGCUGGGUCACCGUCAGCGAGCGAUGGAGAUCAGCUUGACGACGGGCAACUAUUCAAGACUGGCUUGCGAGAUCCAAUUCGUACGGUCCAUGGGAUACUACCUGAUCCAGAUCUACAUACCCAGCGGGCUGAUCGUCAUCAUAUCGUGGGUGAGCUUUUGGCUGAACAGGUGUGCGACACCCGCCCGAGUCUCGUUGGGUGUUACCACCGUGCUGACCAUGACCACGCUCAUGUCGUCAACCAACGCGGCGCUGCCGAAGAUAUCGUACGUCAAGUCCAUCGACGUGUACCUGGGCACGUGUUUCGUCAUGGUGUUCGCAUCGCUUCUAGAAUACGCCACUGUGGGGUAUAUGGCCAAGAGGAUACAGAUGCGGAAGAACCGUUUUUUGGCCAUACAAAAGAUUGCCGAACAGAAAAAAGGAGGCGGUGGAGGAGGAGGCGCCGGUGGUCACUCCUCUCACGACGGCCAUUCGCACUCACAUCCCCACCACUCGUCACGUCAUGGUCACGGCCACGGCUCUAUAUCCGGCCACAGCACCCUGUCGGGACACGGCACCCUGUCUGGUGGACACGGGCCCCAGUCUGGCCACGGCACGCUCCCUCACGGUAUGUCCAGCCACGGACUGGCGUCGCAUGGUACCAUGUCAAGUCAUGGUUACGACGGCGGUGGAGGUGGUCACCGGCACAGUCACAUGGGCCACGGAGGCACGUUGUCUGGAUCACUGAUGGCCGGAGACUUGGAUCACACGCCUCGACAAACCGAGGUGCGAUUCAAAGCCCACGAUCCGAAAAACUACCUGAAAGGCGGUUCGCUGGAGAACACCAUCAACGGCCGCGGGGAUGACGACAACAUCACACCCAUCCCCACACAGCACGUCAUGCACCCCAACAAGGACAUUAACAAGCUGUACGGCAUCACACCAAGUGACAUCGAUAAGUACUCGAGGAUUGUGUUCCCGGUGUGCUUCAUUUGCUUCAACCUCAUGUACUGGAUCAUAUACUUGCACAUUAGCGACGUGGUCGCCGACGAUCUGGUGCUGCUGGGCGCAGACUGAACUCAUCGGUUACUUUCUAUACCGGGCAGCUGUUUUCCAUACCUACACACCCAUAUAUAUAUAUAUAUAUAUAUUAUAUAUAUUAUGUAUAAUAUACUACUUACAUGCGAUUAAAUAAUCUAUAUUGUACACUUAGACUUAGUGGUGGUGAUAAGAGCUCAAAGAAAUACAAAUUUCCGUAAGAUUUAUAUAUAUAUAUAUAAAUAUAUUAUAUUAUACGAUAUUUAGUAGUGUUAACGCAAUUAUUAUUAUUAUUAUUAUUAUUAAAUUUUGUUGUACUUCGUACGACAUAAUAUUCUCUAUAAUAUGUAUAUUAUGAUAUAAGUCUAUAGACAGGAUCGAUCUAACACCUGCAGGGUUUUUCACAGAUUCUCAUACGCGUAGGACUAGACUACGUUAUAAUAAUAAUAUGAUAUUAAUUAUUAUUAUAAACUAAAUCGGAAUAAUAAAUUAUUAACAUACUAUGUUAUUAUAAUUAUUGUGUUAAGCGAUGUGUCGAUCACGUGACAAUGAUUGCACUAAACAUGCACUCGAUGGACGUUGCAGGCGUGGCGUUUAUUCGUCGCGUUUUUCCAAAAUUGUCGAUGAAAGUAUAAUACUAUUAUUAUAUAAAGAGAUUAUCAUGACGGUAAGCCGGUUACGUACCUCUUGGUCGAUAACCAACUCGCCGUUUUCAAGUGAAAUAAAUUAAUCUCUCACCAAACGUCCACAACAAUGAUAAUAUUAUUUAUGAUGAUUCACGCGGUACAAAAUCGAAAUUGUCCCAAAACAUCGAAAUUCGUGAAAAACGAUAGCAAUAAUUAUUACGCCGAUGAGCAAUAAACAAUAUAAUUGUAACGCGAAAGCAAUAAUAUUAUAAUAAUAUUACGUCGUGUUCGCCGACACUGGAAAUGCACACAACGGAGACUGAUAUGAAUAAUAUUAUCGUGAUAAUAAUGUUGUAUACUGAAAUCGAUAACUAAAACGUCGCGGGCAAAUGAUUCACCGAUUAACGUUAUUUUUUCAAAAGCUUGAUAAUAUAAUAUCAUUAAAUAAUAUUAUGUGUUAUUAAAAUUCGUGUAAAUUAAACAUUAAUAUUUAUAGAUGACAAUACCUUAUAACGUUUUCAACAACUAUUUAAACCAAUAUAUUAGCUCACAAUACAUAAUACAAAAUACAUAACAUUUAUGUAUAUAUAUAUUUAUAUAUUAUGAAUUAUAUAUACAUAUGUGUACCUAUGUUCUAAUAUCAAAUGUGUACAAUAACGUCUAUGUAAAUUAUAUUUUUCGUACAAAAAUAUCAUCGUCAAAACGACAUUUUCAAACGCGAAAUCGAACGCAACGCACGGAGUUAAUUAUUCACACUUGCACUUUAUUCCGAUAGAUUUCAUGUCGAAAACAAAUUCGUUUUUAUUUCACGACUCGACAAAAA